AGAGCAGUGUGUGCACCAUCAGUCAGCUCUGAGCAGGAUGAGAACAGCUUUUGCUGCUACCUCCCUUCUCGUCUCUUCACCUCUCAGGACCACCUCACAUGAAAGACGCUUUGAAGCCUCUGUAUCUGCAUCGAGUUGAAGACCAGACUUAAGGAUUGUGCUUGUGCUUUGGAGUUUACAGUCUGCUGUUGCUUUUGACACGGAUUCUACAGGUGUGUGUAAGCGUUUGACUCUUCAAGGAUCAUCUACAGGUGUGUAAACCUGCCUCAGGGGAUCUAAACAGGUGUGAAAGUUUUGGGACUAGCUUGACGAUGACCACCAUGCAGAGGUUGCUCCAGCUGCCGGCGAACGCUGUGAACAUGGUGAAGAGCGUGCAGGGAGGCUCUCAGGGCCAGGAGGAGGCUCUCAGCCCGGUGCUGACACCCGACAGUGGCCCGCAGAACUGGUAUAACGCCGUCCAGCCAGAGGAACUCCGACACCUGAGAUCUGGGGGUACGGGCGGCGGGGGGGAGGGGUCAGAGGAUCGACCCGGGCUGGAGGAGGGGCUUUCCAGCCUUCAGUCACAACCUUUACGACACGAUGACCUGAAGGAGAUGCUGGACAGUAAUAAAGACUCCUUGAAGCUGGAGGCCAUGAAGCGCAUCGUAGCUAUGAUCGCCCGGGGGAAGAACGCCUCAGAUCUCUUCCCUGCCGUGGUGAAGAACGUGGCCUGUAAGAACAUCGAGGUGAAGAAGCUGGUGUAUGUGUAUCUCGUCCGCUACGCUGAAGAACAGCAGGAUCUCGCUCUGUUGUCCAUUUCCACCUUCCAGAGAGGACUGAAGGACCCCAACCAGCUGAUCCGUGCGAGCGCCCUGCGUGUGCUGUCCAGCAUCAGAGUGACCAUCAUCGUGCCCAUCAUGAUGUUAGCCAUCAAAGAGGCGGCGUCUGACAUGUCUCCAUACGUCCGCAAGACCGCAGCUCAUGCCAUACCCAAACUACACAGUCUGGAUCCAGAUCAGAAAGAUCAGUUGAUUGAAGUCAUCGAGAAGCUGCUGGCUGAUAAAACCACACUGGUAGCAGGCAGUGUGGUGAUGGCGUUUGAGGAAGUGUGUCCGGACCGCAUCGAUCUGAUCCAUAAGAACUACCGUAAGUUGUGUAACCUGUUGAUUGACGUGGAGGAGUGGGGUCAGGUGGUCAUCAUCAACAUGCUCACGCGCUACGCCAGGACGCAGUUCCUCAACCCCAACAUCAACGAAUCUCUGCUGGAGGAGAACAGCGAGAAGGCCUUCUAUGCCUCUGAUGAUGAGGAAGAGGAAGAUAAGAAAGACGAGGUGGCCCCUCUAGCGAAGAGGAAGCCAUACGUGAUGGACCCCGAUCACAGACUCCUACUGAGGAACACCAAACCCCUGCUACAGAGCCGCAACGCUGCUGUGGUGAUGGCAGUAGCUCAACUGUACUUCCAUUUGGCUCCAAAAGCAGAGGUGGGCAUCAUCGCUAAGGCUUUGGUCAGGUUAAUGCGCAGCCACAGUGAAGUGCAGUAUGUCGUGCUUCAAAACGUGGCCACGAUGUCCAUCAAGAGACGAGGAAUGUUUGAGCCGUAUCUGAAGAGUUUUUAUAUUCGCUCUACAGACCCAACGCAGAUCAAAAUCCUCAAGCUGGAGGUUUUGACGAAUUUGGCUAAUGAGACGAACAUCUCCACCAUCCUGAGAGAAUUUCAGACGUAUAUUAAGAGCAUGGAUAAGGAUUUUGUGGCGGCCAGCAUUCAGGCCAUUGGUCGCUGUGCUACGAACAUCGGCGAGGUCAGAGACACCUGUCUGAAUGGACUGGUACAGCUGCUGUCCAAUAGAGACGAGUUGGUUGUGGCUGAAUCAGUGGUGGUGAUCAAAAAGCUUCUGCAGAUGCAGCCCGAACAGCAUAGCGACAUCAUCAAACACAUGGCCAAACUCAUUGACAACAUCCAGGUGCCCAUGGCCCGAGCGAGCAUCCUGUGGCUGAUCGGAGAAUACUGCGAACAUGUCCCCAAAAUCGCCCCGGACGUCCUGAGAAACAUGGCCAAGACCUUCACGAACGAGGAAGAUAUUGUCAAGCUGCAGAUUAUCAAUCUGGCUGCCAAACUGUACCUUACUAACUCAAAACAGACUAAACUGUUGACGCAAUAUGUACUGAACCUAGCGAAAUAUGAUCAAAACUAUGACAUCAGAGAUCGUGCCCGCUUUAUCCGCCAACUCAUUGUGCCCACUGAUAAGAGCGGUGCUCUUAGCAAAUACGCAAAGAAGCUUUUCCUUGCACUCAAGCCUGCCCCUGUCCUGGAGUCUACAUUUAAAGACAGAGAUCACUUCCAGCUGGGGUCACUGUCUCAUCUGCUGAACGCUAAAGCCGGCGGAUACCAGGAGCUGCCCGACUGGCCCGAAUCGGCGCCUGACCCAUCCGUGCGCAACGUGGAGGUUAUUAGGCUGCUCGAAAGAGUCACCACUUUAACCAGCAUUCCAGACUGGAGCAAAUGCACAAGCCGGAAGGAUCGUAAGGAGAAGAAAGUAGAGAAACCAUUCUACUCCGACUCAGACGGAGAAUCUGGUCCAACCGAAUCAGCAGAUAGCGAAUCAGAUUCAGGCAGCGGUUCAGAAAGUGCUAGCGCCAGUGAUGAAAGCGGCUCUGGUUCAGAGAGUGGAGAAGAGACUGAGUCUGAAGAGGAAGAGGAAGAUGAGGAGGAGGAAAAGAAAAAGAAAAGAAAGAAGCAUCUGGACAAAACCAAAGCCAAGAAACCAGUAGAGGAGAGCACAGAGAGCGAGCAGAGCAGUGGCUCCGAGGAGAGAAAACGAGGCAGGAAGGCUGUGAAGAAUCAGAAAAGUGCCUCAGAAUCAGAGAGCGAAUCAGAAAGCAGCGAAUCAGGGGACGAGUCGGAGGAUGAGUCAGAGGAGGAGUCUGAGUCCGACACUGACAUCAGGAAGAAGAAGACGCCUGUAUCAAAACAACCUCCCAAACAAUCCAAAAAAGAGAGCAAGAAGGAGACGCAGGAAAUGUCUUUGCUGGAUCUGGAUGACUUUGAACCAGCUCCAGCAUCGGCUCCAGUGACUCCGGUUAACUUCAUGUCCAGUAGUCUGGUGUCUGAUCUGGAGGGUUUGUCACUGACUGACACUAUUCUAGCACCUACAACAAUCACUCCUUCUGGUUCGAUAAAGAUGUAUGAGCUCCUACAUCGUAUAACAGGUGAGGGUCUUGCGGUUGAGUAUUGCUUCAGCCGGCAGCCCUUCAGUCCAGACCCUAACAUGGUGGCCGUCCAGAUCCAGUUUACCAACAACACCAACUCUGAGACCAAAAACCUGCAUAUCGAGGAGCCCAGGUUGCAGUGUGGGAUGAGGAUCCGUGAGUUCGCUGAGAUAGAUGUGUUAUCAGCAGGUGAAUCGGUUACUGUAGUGAUGGGCAUAGAUUUCUGUGAUUCUACACAAGCAGCAAACUUUCAGCUGUGUACUCACACCCGCAAAUUCUUCGCUUCCAUCCAGCCGCCUGUCGGGGAGCUAAUGACACCAGUGUUUCUGACAGAAAACGACUUCAAGAAGGAGCAAGAGAAUCUUUUGAAUGGUAAACUGAUGGGAAUGAAUGAAAUCUCAGAGAAGUUGACACUGGGAGAGAAAUGCGUGAACGAACAUGUCAUCGUUGAGAGAGUCACAGCCACCGCCAACUUGAGCAGAGUACCAUGCGGUUCAGAUAAAGAGUGCAGAUUCGCAGGUAAAACAGUGAGCAGCGGUUGUCUCGUGCUGGUCACCGUCUCUACGAAGGAAGGCGGCAGAGCUCAGCUGACGGUGAACUGCGAGAAGAUGUUGAUCGGCACAAUGCUGGUUAAAGAUAUCAUGCAGGCCCUGUCGCAGUGAUGGCGCCCCAUACAGUCAACACCCUCCUACUGCUGCUUACCGCAUUGAGUCGCAUCUCUGUGUAGAUAUUUUCCCAAUGUGGACUGGCUUGUAGCAACAAAAAAAUACUUUGAACUGACAUUAGAACAGCAACAGUAACAUUCACAGCCCCUAAUCAGGAUGUUCCUUAUAUUUUCUUCUGUUGAAUGUUGCAUGACAUCAAAGACAGUUGUUAAAGACACCAUAAAUUCUCCCCAAUUAAUGCACAAACCUAUGUCAAUUUCAAUUUAGAAGCUCUGUAGGAUGAACAGUACAUGGCUGAAAGUUUUUGGAUACCAGCUUGUAUCCAUCUGCUCAGUGAAACAAGUUUAAUAAUCAUCUGAGUGAUUCAUCAGUAGAAACCCUGCGCGGUUUAUUUUUAGUGUUAAUCUUUCACAUUUUCUGAAUGUAAUGUCUUACAUCUGAUGCCAGACCGCAUCCCAAAUGACAACAGCAGAAACCACUUCAAAACUGCUUUUGAAAACAUGAACUUUGUUCAGCUCUCUAAAACAUGUGCAUUUUGGUUUCAUGUUGGUUUUAGCUAAAUCAAAAGCUCCGAAACACAUCAGUAUGAAUUCAUCGGAUUUCAACAUCUCUUUCCACUAUAAUGUAUGUCUUAUCUGUAUUUGCUAAUGUGUAACUGCUGAAUUUAGGACUAUAGACUGGUAUAUCACUCAACAUCCAUCAGCUUUUUGUUCUCUUGAAGCUCUCGCAAGAAUACAGUAUCUCACAAUCCGGUUAUUUUAGGUAUUUUAAUGCAGUCUGGAGCCGUUUAUCCUGGUGAAGACACUGUUAGUAGUUAGUUUUAGACCUUUUAUAGUUAUGAUGAUGUGCUUGAUGGCAUAAACCGGAUCUUCCUUUCCCGGAAAUCCAGCUUUACUGACUCAUCUCUGUGUGACUGUGGGAAAUCAUUUGUUGUUUGAAUAUUAUAUCUCUAUUUAUUAUAAAGAGUUUUAGAUGUCAAUAAAAGAGAACGCACACUCAAA